AUGUUGGGACUCAUUGCGGUGGGCAUCGUAUUAGUGGACAAAACCACCAAGAAAAUUGAUGAGUCGCGUGCCCAGAAGCGCAAGAAUAGGCUGGUGCGGUACUCGGAGUCGAUGAACGUGUCACCGCCACCGUACCUGAAGCUGUCAAAGUUUGUGGGCAGCAGGGAGUUUGGGACGCCGAUUCAGACUUCUGUUCCGCGCAGUAUCCGCUACAUUGAAGUGAAUUGUAACCGGCACGUGGAAAGCAUCAAAUUCGUCACCUAUUCUGGCGACACGUACAUGUUCGGGUUCUGGAAGCCUGUUAAGGAUACGUAUCGGGUGGAACUAGAAAGGGGAGACAAAAUCACCAAGAUAUACUUGAAAUUCGGGCAAUACCUGGACAAGAUCAAGUUUGAGACGAAACUGGGCGGACAGACCAAGUCCAUGGGCAAGUGUCUGGCAGGCAAGUACUUGGAGAUACCCAUUGACGAGGAUCGGCAGCUGGCUGCAAUUAAGGGCAUGUACUGUCAACACAUCAACGGGAUCCAGUUUGUCACAUCCAUGUGA